CUUCUGGUCGUGUGAUUUGCUAACUGGCCGGAUCAUGGGGCCGACAGACAGUUACUUUGUGUGAGAAUUGCUGCUUUUUUGGAGUACCUUUAACAAGAGAUAGAAGCAGAAUGUCUCACUUGUGAUGCUUGUAACUGUAUCCCCUGCCAGCUGCUGUCCCCGGUUCUGAAGCCAUUCCAGGCUGCUCUAUCCACAGUGCUGAACACGUUCUAUCUAUCUGCUGCUGUCUCUGGUGCUGAAAGGGAUUCUGUCAGCUAGAGGAGCUGCUGCUGCUACCCCUCUCAGAGCCCAGCCACUAAAGUACCUGCUGAUGCAGACUGGAGGCAGAGCACAUCACUAGUUCGCCCUGCAAAUACAACCAGCCUGCUGCUUUCUCCAAUCCUGUCUAUCCUGAUCCAAAGUGCCAAACCGGCUGUUCCCUGAUCUACAACCUGCACAAACGAAAACAUGUGCAACCUCAAUGCACUCAGCAUCUAUCUAUGGGAGACAGUUGUAUUCUUCAGCCUGGCCACUUCCAAAGAGGUGGGAGCUUCAGCCCGCUCUUCAGCCAAACUCAUGUCUCCUUCAGAUUUCCUGGAUAAGUUGAUGGGGAAAAUUUCAGGAUAUGAUGCUCGAAUUCGACCCAAUUUCAAAGGUCCCCCGGUAAAUGUAACCUGCAAUAUCUUUAUUAACAGCUUUGGGUCAAUUGCAGAAACAACCAUGGAUUAUAGACUGAACAUAUUCUUGCGUCAGCAAUGGAAUGACCCUCGUUUAGCUUAUAGUGAAUAUCCAGAUGAUGCUUUGGAUUUGGACCCUUCUAUGUUGGAAUCAAUUUGGAAGCCAGAUUUGUUCUUUGCCAAUGAGAAGGGAGCUAAUUUUCAUGAAAUCACAACAGACAACAAGUUAUUGAGAAUCUUCAAGAAUGGAAAUGUUCUUUAUAGCAUACGAUUGACUCUGACAUUGGCUUGCCCCAUGGAUCUCAAAAACUUUCCCAUGGAUGUUCAAACUUGUAUAAUGCAACUGGAGAGCUUUGGAUACACCAUGAAUGACUUGAUAUUUGAAUGGGAAGAAGUUGGUGCUGUGCAAGUUGCAGAUGGACUUACCCUGCCACAAUUUAUCUUGAAGGAGGAGAAAGAUCUACGAUAUUGCACCAAACAUUACAAUACCGGUAAAUUCACUUGCAUCGAAGCGCGUUUCCAUCUUGAAAGACAAAUGGGUUACUAUCUGAUUCAGAUGUACAUCCCCAGCUUGCUCAUUGUCAUCCUUUCUUGGGUCUCAUUCUGGAUUAAUAUGGAUGCUGCACCUGCCAGGGUUGGUCUUGGCAUCACUACUGUACUUACUAUGACCACUCAAAGUUCUGGAUCUAGAGCUUCUCUGCCAAAGGUGUCCUACGUCAAAGCAAUCGAUAUUUGGAUGGCUGUGUGCUUGCUCUUUGUCUUCUCUGCUCUGUUGGAAUAUGCUGCUGUCAACUUUGUAUCUCGUCAGCACAAAGAGCUUCUUCGCUUCAGAAGGCGGAGGCGACAUCACAAGAGUCCUAUGCUCAAUCUCUUGCAGGAGGAUGAGACUGGAGAAGGUCGAUUCAGCUUUGCUGCCUACGGAAUGGGUCCUGCAUGUCUCCAGGCCAAAGAUGGAAUCUCUGUGAAAGGAAAUAAUAACAACCCUGCAAGCUCAGCCCCUCCUGCCGGCAAAUCCUCUGAUGAGAUGCGCAAAUUGUUCAUUCAGCGGGCCAAAAAGAUUGAUAAGUUUUCAAGAAUUGGGUUUCCUUUGGUUUUUCUUAUUUUCAACACUUUCUACUGGAUCAUAUACAAGAUUGUGCGCAGUGAGGAUGUACACAAGCAGUGAGGAGAAUGCAAAAGAAGGGAGAGAUUGGGGUGACGCAAGAGAAAGAAAAACAUUUGUGAGGAGAGGGAAAAGAGAAGAAUAAAAAAAAAAGAAGGAAAACUAAAGAAGAAAAAGGGGGGAAGAAAAGUGGCAUAUUUCUGGAGAGAAAGAUAAGCAAUGGGAUAAAACAAAAAAGGUGUCCCCAACCAGGGACUAUAAUUAAAGUGGAGUAAGAAUUUGGUGUGGGUGGAAAGAUGGGAGUGUGGGGGGGUGUCAUUAGGUAAAAUGUCAAGAACUUGUCUGAUAGCUGAAAAGAAAUAGAGGAAAAAGAUACAUGGAUGAAUAAACUUAAGAAGCCAGAAUUCAAAGACAUUCUCUAUAUUAAAAAAACAAAAAAAAACCAAUAAAAAAAAAAAACUUUGUAUUAAGUCUGUGCAAUAGCAAUGCAGAAAUGCAUGAUUUUAAGAAUGUGGCAAUAUCUAUAUAUACAAAAGGAUUGGGGGCUUUUAAAUCCAUGGAGCUUUGGAUCAAUUGUGUAAAUGUAUAUAGGCCUUAAAAGUUUUGGUAUGGAGUUUGCAAGCAAACUGGUCAUUUCCAGAAAGCUAUUAGUCAACUCAUGAAAGUGCCCGGCAUUAAAUGUAAAAUAUGCAACAUGUAUUCAUGCCUAAUUAUAACCUUAAAACGCACACAAAAUAAACCUAGUUAUUUUAAGGUUUUUUUCAUGCUUAAAUUUUAAUUUAGGCUCCAUGAGCCACUGCUUAAUAGACUGCAUAGAAUAUGAGGUAUGAACAGGCCUGCUGUAUAGUCAACAAAAAUAUGGGCCAUAUAGACAAUGUGUAUAUUGCCCUUUCAUAGUAAAAAUGCAGUCCUAGAGAUUUCAUAUUCCUGAGAGGCUUUUCAAUUGAUAUGGUUUACUGGUAACAUAAUCACAGUAUGCAAAGUAUAACAUUAAAAUGAAAAAGAUUUUUUUUUUAAAGUGCAAUAUAAAUAUUUUUCCCACCUAGUUCCAUAUUUUUAAUAGUGUAAGCAAAAAACUGCAAAUAUAAUUUUAUAUUAGAUUAGAACUUUAACCUUAA